AUGGGAUGCAAACAGUCGAAAGUAAGUGAACCAAAAAUUCCUGAUAAAUGUGAUAUUGAAAAACAAAAAUCAAAUCAAGAGGGUACACAUGUAUUUAACAAGGGUAAAAGUAUUAUUUCUCAUAAAGAUAAGCGCAAUAAUCUAGAAGUUAAGCCCCCACCUGUCAAGGCAGUGCCAAAAGUGACUCCAAAGGCCUUUCCGAAAAGAGAGAAUUAA